AUGCAAAAAACAAAGUGGGGUCAACAAAAAUUUGAAAAAAACAUAUCCGAAAACUUCCCGGCUCGGUCUUUAGACAGUUUAGCUAAUUCUUCCAACCCGUCGGAAAGCAUCAGUGAUGAUUCGCAUGAUUCAGACUCUGGAGCCGAUACAAAAAACUCAUUUACCGUCAAGUGUGAAGUUUAUGCUCAAAAUGCUGCUCAAAAGUAUUCAAAACCAGAAAAACUAUACGGAUACAUUGGUUCCGACAGAUCUGAUAGGGAUAGUCGAUCAGAUUCCAUCACGGGUCGCAUGGAGACCAUACCUGAGGAAAUUGAAACGAAAGUUUCCGUCAAAGCAAUCCUAGCAAGGUUUGAGAAUCUAAACGGAAAAAGUGAUAACGGCAGUAAAGAAAAUAUUAGUGUGUAUAGUAAAGUUAAAGAAGCUUCUAGCGGUAGUGAAAGUGGUUCUAGUAGUUCAGUAAAGAGCAUUAAAGACAGCAAUGGGACUGAUAAUGAAAAAGUGGUAAAUAACAGCAGUGAUGAGGGUAGUACAAAAGCUACAACAAAAAAUAAACAGGAAAGUUCUCCUAAACAUCAUCCGAGGGACUCCAGAGGAGAUGGAGCGCAAUCACCAAGCAGUCCAACGCCCCCUUCAGGCAGAUAUUCUCUGUUGCAGUUUGCUAUGCAUAACUUUCGACAGUCUGCAGAAUUGGAAAACCUGAAAAUGGACUCUAUGGCAAAACCAAAAGACAAAAGAAAAGAAUGGACGUGGAAACAGCACACUGAUCUAAUAAAAUGGCAGGGAGUACCCAUUGACGGUCCAUUGUUAAGGCUAGAAGACCCGGAAUUAUCGGCACUAUCCAUCGAAUGUUUCGAAUGUAUAUUAAGGUACUGCGGAGAUUUGCCUUUAAUGCCAGACAUGUCCGAAGUAAAAUGUGUCUACACAGUUUUAAUGCACUGUCACAAAUUCAUCCAACUACGGGACGAAGUCUACUGUCAACUAAUGAAACAAACUACCAGCAACAAAUCGCCGCACCCAGAAUCAUGCCAACGAGCCUGGCGACUACUAUCCAUAGUGGCAGCUUACUUUGCAUGCUCUGAUGUUCUUCUUCCCUUCCUUAUGGAGCAUUUGACGAGUGCCGCGAACGACCGGAGGCGGAUCUGUCACGGAACUGCGGCUGUGUGUUUGUCGAAUUUAAGGAAGACGCAAAGAUGUGGUGGAAGAAAGAACGUCCCUUCGGUAGAAGAAGUGACGGCAGUCAGUGCUGGUAGAAGUGCUAGGAGACAAAUAUAUAGGUUACCAGGUGGUGCUGAAAGAGUUGUUAAUACAAGGUGUAGCACAGUGGUAGCUGAUGUAAUCAGUGAGUUGUGCGGCCUCAUUGGCGUUACCAGUGAAGUAGAACAACAAGAGUUUAGUCUAUACUGUAUAGUACAAGGUGACGCGUUUACCAUGCCUUUGGCCGCUGAUGAAUAUAUUUUGGAUGUUACUACAGAACUACAUAAAGCUGCUCAACCAUUCUACUUAAUAUUUUGCAGAUCGGUAUGGUACCAUCCCCUUAAACACGAUUCUAGUCCACUGUAUACAGAAGUUUUAUUCAAUCAAGUAGCUCCAGAUUAUUUAGAAGGUCUACUACUCAGAUUAGGCAGCCCAAAUUUACCGUCUAGUAUAGUAAGAGAUAUGUCUUUAAUAGCCGCUUUGCUUCAUAGAGCUGCAGAUCUUGGCCACUCGCCAAAUCUUAAAGAAGUGAAGUUCUUAUUACCCAAACCAGUUUUGGCGCUCAGAGAACCCAGACCUGCUCAAUGGUUAGCCUUGGUGCAAACAUCAUGGGGGCAAGCUGCUAAUCUUCCAGUAUCUACCGCUAAGUAUCGCGUGCUGCAAGUUCUGAGUAACUGGUCGCUUUUCGGUAGCUCCUUCUUUGCUGUCAAGAGAGUCAUUGGCGAAAGCGACAAUUCGCAGGAGCACAUCUUAGCGCUAAAUAAAAAUGGAGUACAUUUCUUGGAUAUGAAUACUCACGAAACCAUUCACCACUGGCCUUACGCGGAAGUUAUUAGCACAAGAAAGGUCAGGUCAGAAGAUGGGGCAUUAUUUUUGGACAUGAAAUGUGGUAAUCUACUGCAACAAAGAGUUACAAGGCUGCAAACUGAGCAAGCGCACGAAAUAUCGAGACUCGUCAGACAGUACAUCAAUUUGGAACAGGAACAUAGUACGAGACUUCAUAGUUAAAAAAUUAGUUAAAAAGUACAAUAUUUUUUAGUAAUAUGUUAAUAUUUACACAUAAUUUGAAGAAUGCGUCUUAAGCUCAAAUAUUAGUAACAAUUUAAAUAUAUAGAGGUCAGUUAUGUACUGCUGAUUUAUUUUUUAUAGUAAUGUAUUUAUUCAGUUAAUUUUGAAUAGUAUGCGAUAAGUCGAAAUUUCUAAAAUAUUGAUAACACAUCUAAAAGUAUAUGUCUA